GCCCCGAGCCGAGGCCAGCCACCGCCCCCUCCGCCCCGCGCAAGCCAUGAACUUUGGCCGGGGCCGCUCGGUGGUGUUGAACGUGGGGGGCACCCGCUACUCCUUCUCCCGCGAGGUGCUGAAGGACUUCCCGCUGCGGCGGGUGAGCCGGCUGCACGGCUGCCUCUCGGAGCAGGACGUGCUGGAGGUGUGCGACGACUACGACCGGGAGCGCAACGAGUUCUUCUUCGACCGCCACUCGGAGGCCUUCGGCUUCAUCCUGCUGUACGUGCGGCACGGCCACCUGCGCUUCGCGCCGCACAUGUGCGAGCUCUCCUUCUACAACGAGAUGAUCUACUGGGGGCUCGAGUGCUCGCACCUGGACUACUGCUGCCAGCGCCGCCUGGACGACCGCAUGUCCGACACCUACACCUUCUACUCCGCCGACGAGCCCCCCGCAGGCGACAGCGCCGAGGCCCCGCCUGCCGCCGAGGGCAGGAAGUGGCUGGAGAGGAUGAGGCGGACUUUCGAGGAGCCCACCUCGUCCGUGGCCGCCCAGAUCCUGGCCACGGUUUCCAUCCUCUUCGUCAUCGUGUCCAUGGUGGUGCUGUGCGCCAGCACCCUGCCCGAGUGGCGGGCGGCCGAGAACCGCAGCGUGGAGGAGCAGAGCAGGUACACAGCAGACUCAGUGAGGGAGCCCUCCGGGAUCAUUGAAGCUAUCUGCAUAGGCUGGUUCACUGCAGAGUGCAUUGUGAGGUUCAUCAUCUCCAAAAACAAGUGUGAGUUUGUCAAGAGACCCCUGAACAUCAUUGAUUUGCUGGCAAUCACUCCUUACUAUAUUUCUGUGCUAAUGACAGUUUUCACAGGGGAAAAUUCUCAGCUCCAAAGGGCUGGAGUCACUCUGAGAGUUCUUAGGAUGAUGAGGAUUUUUUGGGUGAUUAAACUUGCCCGUCACUUCAUUGGUCUUCAAACACUUGGUCUGACUCUGAAGCGUUGUUACAGAGAGAUGGUGAUGCUUCUUGUCUUUAUUUGUGUUGCCAUGGCAAUUUUUAGUGCACUUUCACAACUCCUUGAAAAUGGGCUGGACUUGGGAAUAAAGAAUAAGGAUUUUUCCAGCAUCCCUGCUGCCUGUUGGUGGGUAAUAAUCUCGAUGACCACAGUUGGUUAUGGUGACAUGUGCCCCAUCACUGUACCUGGAAGGAUUCUUGGUGGAAUUUGUGUGGUUAGUGGGAUUGUUUUACUAGCAUUGCCUAUUACUUUCAUCUAUCAUAGCUUUGUGCAGUGUUAUCAUGAGGUCAAGUUCCGAUCUGCUAGGUACAGCAGAAGCCUCUCUGCUGAAUUCUUAAAUUAAUUAGUGCGCCUGCUUUUUGUAAUAGUACUUGCUAAGCUUUGGUGGAAGAGAUGAUGGUUGCUCCCUGUGUACACCCAUCUUGCUGGAUGAUCUGAGGAACAGCAUUGUCAUUAGCCUUGAAGGAUGUCAGUCACCAUUCUCAUCUGAAGGAUGACUAUCUGCUUUGGGCCCUAUGGUAGGGAGUGUGGUUGGGGAUGUUGAGAUCUGAGAGGAAGAAAAUAGUAGCUUAUAGAACAACAAUGGGACUGGAAAGUUCUCAAGACCUCAUGGGGGCUGGACUUCUCUCUGCCUAUCCAGACAACUACACACACAAAUCAUGGACUUGAUACCAAGAGAGAUGAAGACCUGUGACUCAGUGGGAGUUGCAGGUACUCACCACUCCUCAUACUGAUAUCCCAGAGCCCAUAUAACUGAUGUCAUUCAAAUAUUUUAAAAUCUAAAGGUCUCUUGGAGAAGUAGAGACCUUGUUGACAUGAAGCCUGCUUCAGAAGAGUUGAGGGCAUUGGAGCAGAAUUGCUGCUACUUUUAAUUCCUCCAAGUCAUGCAGCAGAUGGAAUAAUCUGAUCCUAUGACUGAAGGAAGAGGAAAAAAAAUAUAAAUACACAAGGCAGAGAGAGUCUCACAGCCCAGUUCUGAUCUCAGUUAAAGCGACAGUGAGGUCAAUGGAGUUAGUUCAGAUUUUUAUUGGAGGAACCAAGAGGAGUGUAUGUCCCUCUCUAUGUUGUCUCUAUAUGCUUAAUCACAUUUCUCUGGGAGUAAGAUUUAUAGUAGCAACUAAUGUCAUACUUUAUAAAGAUCAGAGUAAAAUUCAGUUGUUGAUAAUAGGAUCAAUAUAUCAACUGCUAGCUCAAUAGGAGGCAGAUACUCAAAUUUGACUUGUGCUCAGCUAAAUUCCAUCAACGUGAAGACAUUUGUCUAUAAGCCUUGAUUUCCUGCCACCCCAUUUUAUUAACCAUAAUCACCUCAUAGUGAAAUAGUAUUCCAAGGAACAUGAUAUGAGUCUGUCACUUGAGAGGUUCAAAAACUUUCUAGACAAAUAUGGAAUUAAGAUGAAUGAAGUUAGGUUCUCAUGUUUCAUACACUACAUUUCUUGUAUAGUACUGCUUAGUAGCAUUAUUAAAUAUGACUUUGAAAAGCUGCCAUGUGCUCUUAAACAUUCAAACAAAUUUAGGCACAGCUAAACUAGUACUAUUUACCAACCACCAUUAACAGGAAACAUUUUUAUAAACCAGAAUCACCAGUCUAUUUGAAUUUGGUGUGCUUGCCUGAAAGUCAUUGUAAAAUGUUUACUGUGUUUGUAUUGUAGAAGCACCUUAGGAUGUUUCAUGUACAUUUGUCAGCUUAAGAAAUAGAGUGACUGGCACCUACCAACAGAAGUCUUUGGUACUGAUCACUCAGACUAAAAAUAUUAGCUGGGGUACAUAACUAGUACUUGAAGGCCAUGUGCUGAAAAAGAAAUAUGCUGCCAUUUUUGCUGCUCAAGACCUAAGAAAAGUUAUGGAUCAUGUUAAGUGGCAUGCUGUUGUUUUUAGGGGAAAGGGAUAUGUACUGAUAAAGCCACUCAAGGAGAGAAAGGAAAUUGUUUCACUACCAGAAGUUGUAAAGUAACCUGAAAGAAAAGUUGCUCGAUUGCAAUAGCCAUGAGUUUGCAUUUCCCAAAACUAGUUUUCUUAAGUUUCCUUUUCCUUUUUUCUGCAAUAGUUUCUUGAGUAUAUAUUAUUGUGUAGUGCCACAUCCACACCUUUGAAAUCUCUGUAUCUUGCAGAGAGGUGAAUAUUCCUCGGGAAGGGGGAGAAAUCAUUUUUGGGGAGAGAUUCUCAGCUGGUUUAAGCUGGCCAGCUUCCAGUAACUUCAGAGGAUCUAUGCCAGUUGAAACCAGCUGAGAUUCUGCGCCUUAGCAUAUAUAAUAGAGCUGAUUAGAGAAAAAAAUUCCCCACAAAAAUGAAAAUUAGUUUUUGAUAAAAGAAACUGAAUUUGACUUUCAUUUUCCAGCCACUGAAGACUGAAACAUUUCAGCCAAAGUUAGUUUAUGUUUUGAUAAAAAAUUAACAUUUUUUUUUGAAAAAAAAAUGCUCUACAAAAAAAUUGGCUUUGACAAAAUGAAAAUUUUCCAAUUGUGUAAUACUGAAUUGCUAUUAUUUUCUUCUUCUGCUAGUGUUGAAAAAGCUAGCACUACACAUUUAGAAACUCUUGGGUGAAAUUGGUUUCCAUGUAACUUUUUCAAGUCUGAUGUGCCUUUAAUCCACAGAUUAUAUUUAAACAGAUUAAUGCCCUCUAUUUGAGAUCAAAAUACCAUAUACAAUUUGAGCAAAGUGGGUAUAUCUCAUAGUUUUAAACAUAUACAAAUAUGAAAUAUACUUACAGUAAGUUGUAGUACUUAAUUCCAGAAAAAAAUUAAUUUGUAUUUUUAUCAGUAUAUAUAAGGUCAGUUUUUUAGCUUCAUGUGCAAAAAAGUAAAGUCAGUUAUAAAUUAAUGCACACAAUGACUUUCAAGUACUGAUUUGUAUUGUACAGGCAAUUGAAUACUAGACAUUCCAAAGACAAACUAGUUUCUAGAAUAGGUCUGACAUAAGAGUACAGAAAAUGUGCUAUUUUAUAAAGGGUUUCCAAAUGUAGAGUCUUAUAGAAUACAAAUAAUAAUAAUCACCUACUUAAGAUACUUAUGUGAAGGAAUGUAUGUUUAUGAAAAGUGGAGAUCAGCUUAAAUACAAACAUUUAGAUUGUAGUAGAUCAAAUUUUUAUUGCAGAAUGUGAACAAAAAUGCCUCAUGUAUUUUAAAUUUGCAUUGCAAUAGAAUAAUUUUGCAUAGCUAAGUGGAUAUAAAGUAAGAGUCUAGUCCAUAAAAACUUGCCCUAAAUAUAAGCUAGCUACGGAGAUAUAUUUGCUCUUUUCUUUAUUUUAGUGUAGCAUGGUUAUUAAUGUAUUGACAAGAGGUUUCCUUUACUCUUUUUAGAAACCAAGUUAAAGUAGCCUUAUAUCAGAGGUAGCCUUAAAACAGAGAGCCUUAUAGUGAAGGGAUAGGGUAUUCUGAUUUAUAGUGAUGCUUAUUGUCUUAUUUUCUAUAGAUUGAUUUUCCUAGUGAAACUUUCUAUACAUAAAUAUUCUAUAAAUAUUGAAUUAUACAUGUGUAUAAAGAUAAGCAUUUCUUUAUGCAGCUGAGC